AUGGCUCUGCCUCCGCGCGCCGAUAUGUCCGAUAUGUCAGACCCCAUCCAGAUUUUUCAGGACAAUUUUUUCAACCCGGCUACACCUAUGAUCAGCCACGCUCCCAUGCCAUCGAUCUCAAAACCACCGCAACGUCGCAUUAUGCAGAGCGGCUCUUUCCAAAACGGCAACGGGAACACCCCUUUGGGCAACAGUACCGGAAACAUCAUCAUCAACCCUCCAAUGCAGUCCACUAUGAGACAAUCGCCCUCAAAAAUGGGCACUCCUUUGAUGUCCACAUCGCCCCUGAGCCCCCUCAAGGCCUCCCAGCGCAGCAACCUGAACGCCGUCUCCUUCAACCCGCCUGUGGAUCACACAAAGCCCACAGACUCUUUGCAAAAGAAGCAGCCUCUGAUGUCUCGCUUCCAGACUGUGGCCCAGAAACCGGCAACGACAGACGCGAACUCGAUUGUUCCCGCAGGCCCGGUCAUAGGCUCCUUCACAAUGGGCAAAGAGAACAACUAUCCCAUCAUCUUCCCGGCUCCACCUGGACUCAACCUGUCGAUCGAGAACUACUACCAAAAGACCCCCGGCAAGCGCUUGCUUGAGCCAGCACCGAUCAAAGACGGACGGCCUCAGAAGAGGGCGCGCCUGGACGAGGAGCCGAUCCCUCCGCACGAUGCGUUCCCGCCCAUUAUUGACGACGGACUGAAACCUGGCCACAGCUAUGCUACGCUCAUUGGCAUGGCUAUUCUUCGUUCCGCCGGCCGGAAACUGACAUUGUCACAAAUUUACAAAUGGAUCUCAGACACGUACUCGUUUUACAAUCCCCAGGACGCCGGCUGGCAAAACAGCAUCCGCCACAACCUGAGCUUGAACAAGGCUUUUGUCAAGCAGGAGCGCCCCAAGGACGACCCGGGCAAGGGCAACUACUGGGCCAUCGAGUCCGGCAUGGAGCACCUGUUCAUGAAGGACAAGACCGUCCGCAAGCCGAUGGGCGACAGCCUGCAGGUCAUGUCAACCACUGUCAUGGAGCCCUCGCUCCCGCAAAUGCCUUCUAGCUUCCAGGAGCCUGCUCUCCCGCCCCAACUACCGCCCAUGCCCAUGACUAUGGUCGAGCCGUCGUCUACAGCACCAAUGACCAACUCGCACUCCACCAGACAGCCUGAACUGUCUUCGGAUGCUACUAUCAUUGCUUCUGACACUGCCGCGCCGGAGGAACAGCAACUGCCGUCAGCCGAGGAGAAGAACACACCGAUCAGCACAGCGGAUGCAGUGGACAUGUCGGCACUCGAAUCGUCUCAGUACUCGCCCAUCCCUGCUACUGCUCUGCACUCGUCGCCUCCCAUCUCCCGGCACAUUGAAGCCCACAGCGGAACACCGCCGCCUGUGUCAAGAGCCCUUUUGGCUUCGUCGGCACAGCGGUCGCGGAAGAGGAAGUCUGUUUCGAUGGAUGAUAGUGGUUACAUCUCCUCUCUAGAGUCCUCUGCCCUCCGCUCCAACCAGAACGCUCGCCAGCUCCACGAGAGCGGCGACCGGUCAAGAAUUAAGCGUGGCCGCGCUGAAGAAGAGAUUGCUCGUCUGCGUGCCUCGUCGUACGACAGCCCGACAAAGAACCGGUCUCGUAAUGGUUAUAACCCUGGCUCUUCCUCACCUCUUCGUCACGGCCACCGCAACGACAGUGCUUCAAGUCGUAUGCCUCCGCCACCACUUACACCUGCUGUGAAGCUCAAGGCGCCAAUGAGACCGCCUCCAUCGGUGUCACCGGGCACCAACCUUCGCAUGCACCGCGACAAGGUGCAGAACAUGCUGGCAUCGCCGCUGCGGAGAAUGGCCUCGGCAUCCGAUGAUGUUCCGGGAUGGGGCAGCCCAUCGGGUUUCGAUGAGUCGCUGUACAACUUUACAGACGAGUCAGAAUUCACCCUGGACACAAACAACCUGGGUAAUGCCUUUGAAAUUUUCCAGGACGAUGCUCUUCCCCACCUCUUCCCUUCUGUGCACAACGGGUCGCCAAUCAAGGCCAAGGCACCGUCCAGCAAGCGGUUGCGCUUGGACCGGUCCUAUUCUGUUAGUGCACUGUCUGAUGUCACCAACGCUGCUGCAAGACGCAACAUUACAUCGGCACCUUUCCUCAAGGUGCCAAACCAGUCGCCCGGUGGCCUGUCGGUUGACACACCCAGCAAGUUCUUUGAUGGACUGGGUUCGUCUCCCAGCAAGUUCUUUGAAAUGCAAUCGCCAAGCAAGUUGCCACGGAAUGGGUCCGGCGCCGCUGCCCACUCCCUGGCGGCUGACAAUGGCCUCGGCGACGAGAACUCAUGGCCUGCUCUGGACGACAUUUGUGCCCCAGAGUUCCUCCAAGAAUCGGAUGACUUUGCUGGUUUGGACAUCCUGCAAGGCUUCGAGAAAAUCGGCGCCAACAUCCAACCACAGCAACUCGUCUCUGCUCCGCUACAGCCCCGCCUGAUGCCGUACCCUCAGCAUCAGCAACAGCAGCAGGCACCCAGCCGCAGUGGCAAGGGUGCACAGAAGCCCACCUUCGGACGCAGCUUUACUUCAACAUUUUAA